AACAUCUUUUUGUACCGGAAUGUACCUUCCAUCUUUCUUAAUUGACAUGUUUUUAUGUAGAAUGGCCUAAGGAGUAACACAUCUGUCUUAUAGAGGAUCUCUAACAAGUGCUUCUCCUUAAAAAGAGCAAAUUCUAUUGUCAAAUAGAGGAUCUGAGGUCCAGCAUGAUGUUCCUGUCAUAUAGAUGAUCUUUGACUAAUGUGUUUGUAUUAGGUCCUUGAAAAACAUCCGAAUAGUCAUGUCAUAUAGAGGAUCUUUGACUAGUGCUUGUGUAAUUAAUAGAUUCUUAAAAGCUGGACAAGGAUCCUGUCUCAUAGAGGAUCUUUGACUAUUGUUAUUUGUAGUAGAUCAUUACAAAGUGCAGAAUAAUCCUGUUUUUAUAGAGGAUCUUUGACUAGUGGUUGUGUAGUUGGUCCUUGGAAACAGCAGAAUAAUCAAGUCUCAUAGAGAAUCUUUGACUAGUGGUUGUGUAGUAGAUACUUAAAAACUGUGCAAUAACCCUGUCUUAUAGAGGAUCUUUGACUAGUGAUUUUGUAGUAGAUGCUUAAAAAGUGCAGAAUAAUCCUGUUUUUAUAGAGGGUCUUUGACUAGUGGUUGUGUAGUAGAUACUUAAAAACUGUGCAAUAACCCUGUCUUAUAGAGGAUCUUUGACUAGUGAUUUUGUAGUGUAUACUUAAAAAGUGCCGAAUAAUUCUGUUUUUGUAUAGAGGGUCUUUGACAAGUGGUUUUGUAGUGGGUCCUUGGAAACAGCAGAAUAAUCAUGUCUCAUAGAGGAUCUUUGACUAGUGGUUGUGUAGUAGAUACUUAAAAACUGUGCAAUAACCCUGUCUUAUAGAGGAUCUUUGACUAGUGAUUUUGUAGUAGAUACUUAAAAAGUGCAGAAUAAUCCUGUUUUAUAGAGGACCUUUGACUAGUGGUUGUGUAGUAGGUCCUUAAAAACAUCAGAAUAAUCAUUUUAUAGAGGAUCUUUGACUAGUGGUUGUGUAGUGGGUACUUGGAAAGAGCAGAAUAAUCAAGUCUCAUAGAGGAUCUUUGACCAGAGUUUUGGUAUUAGGUUGUUGAAAACAUUAGAAUAAUCUCGUUUUACGGAGGAUCUUUGACUAGUGUCUUUGUCGUACAUCCUUGAAAACAUCUAAAUACUCCUGUCAUACAGAGGAUCUUUGACUAAUGUGUUUGUAUUAGGUCCUUUAAAAAACACCUGAAUAAUCCUGUUUUAUAGAGGAUCUUUGAGUUAUGUUUGUAUAAGGUCAUUUUAUAAACAUCGGAUUACUCCUAUCAUAUAGAGCAGGGAUCCUCAACAGGCGGACCGCGGUCCAUGCCCGGACCCAGCGACGUGUCCGUCCGGACCCAGCACCAACUAUAGUAUUAAAAAAGUAUAUAUAUAUUUUUUUAAAUAAUUAUAAUUAUUAUAAAAAAAUAUAAUAAUUGUAUUUAUCUUUGAGUUAUCGCUAGCGCAAGUCAACGUUCUUUGUUGUUUUUAGUCAAAUAUCUCCACGUUUAGUUUACACUUCUCCUCCAUGUCUCACUCACUCCGUCUCUCUCUCUCUCGCUCUCUCAGAGAGAGCGAGAGAGAGACGGAGUGAGAGCGAGAGAACGCCACUCUGAUUGGCUGCGGAAUCAGCCAAUCAGAGUAUGGGUUGUCAUCUCUAUCACAAGGACGCGCUGAUAGGCUGUUACCACCUGGGUCACACAGCACUCAUGCCCCAUGCAUGGAACCUUUCUCUGCAUGCACACAGUUGUCUCGCAUUGCUACUUUGCUAACUGUCAGUCACUGAAUGUCAAUAAAAUCCCAAUGGCAUGCUCCAAGUUGGCUCAGGCUGGUAAAAGAAAGGUGGACAGGGAAAACCGACGUUUCAAGGAAUAAUGGACAGAGCAAUAUGUUGUCAUCCUACCUACUGCAAGUACCAGACCAAUGUGUCUAAUAUGCAACAGUACUGUUGCUCUGGUGAAAAGUGAACAUCUAAAACGUCACUAUCUGAAAGAGCACCGCAAAUUUCAAGAGACAUUUCCUCAUGAUUCAGAGCUAAGAAAAAAAGAAAUCAUGAGUCUGAAAAAGUCAUAUGAAACAUCAAGCAAGAUUUGUGUUAAAUCUAUGACACGACAACAAAUAGCAACAGAGUGCUCACUCAGAGUGGGUCAACACAAGAAGACAUUCUCUGAUGUAGAAAUAAUGAAUGAAUGCUUGACUGAAGUGAUGGGUGCCAUGUUUGAAGGCAAAGAAAAGGAGGAAAUGACAGCUAAAAUAAAUGAAAUCCCACUCUCUGAUGCCACAGCUACCAGACGUACUGAAAUACGGGCUGGUGAUUUGUCCAAGCAGCUUUGUGAUGGAAUAAAAAAUGCAGAGUGCUUAUCCCUAGCAGUGGAUGAGUCCACUGACAAUGCUCAGUUGUUGGUGUUUGGGAGGUUUUAUGAAGAGGAAAAGGGGGAGUUUAUUGAAGAUGUUUUGGGCCUGAGUGGACAAACAAGGGGAGAAGACGUCUAUAAAGCAAUAUCAGAAAUGCUGAAUGAAAAAGGGAUAGAUCUGAAGAAAGUUGUGUCCAUUGCUACUGAUGGAGCUCCAGCCAUGUUGGGGAGAGAGAAGGGACUGGUUCCGUGUCUGAGACAACACCACCCUGGCCUGAUAUCUUAUCACUGCAUAAUCCACCAGUCUGUCCUUUGUGCAAGUCUUGGAGAAGUGUACUCUGAAAUCAUGACAUGAAAGUCCUCAACUUCUUGAGAGCAUCAUCUGCACUGCGCACAUUCCUAACAGAGGUGGAUGCUGCUUUUGAUGAUUUGCUCGUGCACAACAACGUGAGAUGGCUGAGCAAAGGCAGGGUCUUGGAGCCUUUUUGGGCCGUUAGAGAAGAGCUGCAAGUGUUUCUGUCCCAGCAAAAUAGCGCAAAAGCAAAACAGUUCCUGGAAUUUCUGCAAAAUGCUGGGAAAAUGGAAGCUGUGGCAUUUUUGGCUGAUAUAACCUCCCAUCUCAAUGACCUAAAUGUCAAGCUACAGGGGAAGAAGAACACGCUGUGUGAGCUGAUGUCAGAAGUCCGUGCCUUCCAGAGGAAGCUGGAGCUUUUCAAAAGUCACAUACAGGAGGAACUCUUCCACUUCCCCAAACUUCUGGAACUGACCAAAGGAGAGGGAGAUGAUCAGUGCCAUUUGGAAUUGUUGGAAAAACUCAUUGCAAAUUUCAAGACUGGCUUUGAUGGCUUCAUUUUGGGAAAACAAGUCCUGCUGUUCAUUGAAAACACAUUCCUGAUCACAAAUGUGAGUGCGUUCUCUGCAGAAGCAAAACGAGUCUUCUCAUGGACCGAAGCUGCUUCACUGCAGACUGAGCUCUUUGACCUCCAAGAAGGUGUCGCACAGAAAGAGGCUCAGUGUGACGCCAUCACCUUCUGGUCAAAGUUCCAAGUUCCCUCUGCUGCAUAAGAUGGCCUGUCACAUCCUCACAAUGUUUGGCAGCUGGGAGUCUGCCUUCUCUACAAUGAACAAGUACCGCAGCAAUGAACACCUGGAUCAGUGUCUCCACCUGGCCAGCACACCUUUUGUGCCAAACUUCAAAGUCUUGGCUUCAAACCCAAGAGCCCAAUUGUCCCAUUGAGCAGCUGUUUUACACAAUGAGGAUGUACUGUACAUGUACUGUACCAUACUUAUAUUUGCACAUACAUCUGGUGAGGUCAUUUGUUUACCAGGGAUAGGAGGGUUGUGUUUAAAAUUAUUUAUUUUUUGUUAAAACUGAAAGUUUUAUUGAAGUUCUUAUUUAUUUUUUUUCAAAGAAAAUCUUUCAUGUGUUUUAUUGGAUAUUUAUUUUAUUUUAGUUAAUUUUAAGAAUAUGUUAAACGACUACCUAUAUAAGCUUGACCGAUAAUGAACGGACCCGGCCUGUUUCAAAAUAACAUUUGUGGACCUUCAAGAUUUGUACUUGAGGACAUCUGAUAUAGAGGAUCUUUGACUAGUGGUCGUGUAAUAGAUCCUUAAAAAGUGCAGAAUAAUCUUGUUUUAUAGAGGAUCUUUGACAAGU